UGUUUAUUUUUGUUGAGGCGUCGUUUCCAGUUUCGACGAACAGUUUUUCUUCAAUAGGGUUUUAAUUUUCAAUCCUACCCUACAGUCAGAGCAGAGUGGCGAUCAUCUGCAGAAGAUUGCUACGAUUUCAUUGUAAUUUCACAUUGGGAUUGCAUCUAAUGACAUUUUGAGUUGCGAGAAGGAAAGAGCUACUGAGCUGGAUUUACGAACAAUGAACAGAAUUAGGCGUAGAUUGUUCAUGCUUGGGAGGGAGUUGCAUACGCAUUCGUACGAUGGCCCCUCAGAAGCAUUGAAGAGAAAGGUGGCCGAAUUGGAGAAAAGAAGGAAGAUGAGGACCUCAAGAAAGAAAGACCAGUUCUUUGUGGAGGUUCCUGAAUCUAAAUCGUACCUCGACACUGCCACAAUGCCAAUGAUUCUUGCUGCGGUCGGAAUCGCUCUCUUCGCCAAGCUCCUCAUGAUGUAUGAUGAUUCCAGGUCCCAAGAGUUACUUGAGCGCAAGAUAAAGCAUGCACCUGCAGGUCAAGGCACUGUAAGAAUGCUUACCCGUGAAGAGUGGGAGGAGUUUCGAGAAGUGAGGCCAAGGACGCCUUUUGAAUCCAGGCUUGCCCGACCUAAUGCUCGAAUAAGAACUGGAGAACCGUUGCGUUUGGAGGAUAUGAAGGAUUGGACAACUGAUGUGCUCAUGGAUGCAGUUGCCCGAGUUGAAGAAUAUGGUAGACGUGGCAAGUGAUAUAAGUUGCUGCCCUGAACGUCUCUUAUUCGUUCUGAGUUCAAUUUGUCAUGCCAAUUGUAAAUCAUUAUCAUUACAAAAUUUUUAACCUCUGAAGGUAUGCUCAGUAGCUGUAAUCGCUUGAUUUGGCUUCCGCCAAACUGCACUGUAAUAUUGCAUGUUGGACAAUUGAGAAGGAAAUAAGAAUUAUUAUAGAGAUGUAUUUUUUUAUGCAUUUA